CCUUCGUCCCGAAGCGUCAACUCGCCGCCCUAACCUCAAUGUUGUGAAUUCAGCCAUUUCGAUCGAUUUCGUUGCAAACAAAGUGCUAAAACCCAUCCGAAAUGUCGGACGACGAGAUGGAGAAGUUCGAAAUAACGGAUUACGAUUUAGACAAUGAGUUUUUCCGUGGUAGAAAAAAGUUAACAAAACACCAACAGAUCUAUGGUGUAUGGGCAGACGACAGCGACAAUGACGAAGACGAAAGGCCGUCUUUCAAAAGCCGCAAGCCUAAGAACUACUCGGCCCCCAUCGGUUUCGUGGCCGGCGGGGUGCAGCAAGCGGGCAAGAAGAAGGAAGAGAAGGAGGCAGAGAGCGACGACGAGAAGCCGACGACGUCGUUCAAGACCAGAGACAGCUCGAGCGACGAGGAGGACAAACCGAGAGCGGGGUUCGGGGCCGUGAGCGAGCCCAGCGGGGAGAUAGCGGGGCUGCGCGGCAAAAACAACAAAGGGGGCGCCAGUCUAGGGGUGGGCAACUGGGAGAGACACACAAAGGGCAUCGGGGCCAAACUGCUGCUGCAAAUGGGGUUCCAGCCGGGAAAGGGGCUGGGGAAGGACUUGCAGGGGAUCUCGGCUCCAGUAGAAGCCCACUUGAGGAAGGGCAGGGGCGCCAUUGGCGCCUACGGACCCGAGAAACCGGCCGCCCCCCCUAAGAAAAAGGAAAUCCAAGAAGACGUCGAAGAUGACGACAAAAGCGACCACAAGUGGAAAAAGAGCGACAUGGUUAAGAAAAAAACGCGCUAUUAUUACAGAAGCGUCGACGACGUGAUCGAGAAGGGUAAACGACCUGGGGCUUUUCGUAACAUGGGGGCCGCCAGCGAGUUGAGUAAGGUCAAAGUUAUUGACAUGACGGGGCCGCAGCAGAGGGUUUUGAGCGGCUAUCACGCCCUGAGUGGGUUAAAAGCGCCCCCUGGAGUCGAGCACUUCGAAGACGUCGUCCACAAGAAGUGUUCGAAUUUCGCGCUGCCUGAAAUCCAACACAACUUGGACGUUUUGGUGGACAUGUGUGAGCAAGAUAUUAUUCGGAUCGAUCGCGGCACCAGACACAACCAAGACAGAAUCGUGGCUUUGAAAAACGAGCAAGAAAAUUUAAAACUGUUGGUUAAGAAAGAGGACGAGUUGGUUGAUAAUCUGAAGAGCGUGAUUGAGAUAGUUGAUAAGUUGUUGGAUCCGUCGUUGGGGUUGUCGCUGCUGCAAGUAGCUCAAAUUUUUGAUAAUUUGCAGGACAACCACUAUGAAGAGUUUAUCAGGUAUGAGUUGGGUGAGCUCGCGCCAGGUUUAGUCGGCCCGCUUUUGACCUCCGCGCUCGCCAGUUGGUCCCCACUGACCAACCCCAAGCAAUACAUGGAUGUGUUUGGUCGUUGGAAGGACAUUCUGGACAAGCCCAGACAACGUGGGACACUAGAAGGUAAUAAUAUGGGAAUUCAGCCAUAUGAUAGUCUCUUAUGGCACACUUGGAUGCCUGUAAUGCGAAUUUGUGUUAGCGCAUGGAAUCCGAAAGAUUGCGAUCCUCUGAUUACGUUAAUUGAGACGUGGAUGCCGCUGCUGCCGCAGUGGAUCCUGGAUAACAUUUACGACCAACUGAUCAUGCCCAAGAUCCAGGCCGAGGUAAACGAGUGGAACCCGUUGAGGGACAUCAUCCCGAUACACGUGUGGAUCCACCCGUGGAUACCUCUCCUGGAUGCGCGGCUGCAAACCGUCAUUUAUCCCAUCAUCCAGGAGAAGCUGGGGGCGGCUUUGACCAACUGGCACCCGUCGGACAAAUCCGCGAAACCCAUUUUGAAACCGUGGCAACGGGUGCUGCCAGAGGGCGUCUUCGUCGCGUUUCUUAUCAAACACAUCGUGCCCAAACUGCAGAUGUGUAUGCAAAAUUUGGUCAUCAAUCCACACCAACAGCAUCUAGAGGCGUGGUAUUGGGUGAUGGAUUGGAGCGAUAUGUUGUCAGUGGGGAACAUGACCUUGAUUUUGGAUAAGUUCUUUUUCCCGAGAUGGCGCCAGACGUUAGCGAUGUGGCUGAAUCACAACCCGAAUUAUAACGAAGUGACGGAAUGGUAUACAGGGUGGAAGAAUAUGUUAUCAGACGAGUUGCUAGCGCAGCCUAGUAUUAAAGAGAAUUUCCACAAGGCGCUUGAUAUUAUGGGACGUGCGGUGAAUAUGGGGCAACAACCGGGGGCGAAAGAGUCGAUUUCGUACCUAAAUAGCAUGGAACAUAAUACGCCGCCGCCGCCACCGCCACCACAAAUCGAGAGUUUCGCCGAAACUGUACGCUCUAAACCCCGUCUGUACAAAGACAUGUUGGCCCGAAAUUGCGAAGAAAGAGGGAUUUUGUUUGUCCCUAUUCCAAAUAAGUAUUAUGAAGCGAAACAAGUGUACAGGAUAGGCUCCAACGGGCUCCAGUGUUACAUUGACCAAAACGUGGUGUUUCUGUCACAAAAUAACUCAACUUGGGUUCCUACAUCUAUACCCAGGAUUCUAGAUAUGGCUUAAUUUUUAUUACUGUACAUAUUUAUUCUACAAUGUAUAUAUGGAGUGGUAAAAUGUUAGUGUGAAA